GCUCCAGUAACAUGGAGGCUGAGUCGUUGGAGCUGGAGGACGGGGAAGUGGUGGAUGACGAGUCAAUCGACACCUUCGGACCCUACAACGUUCUCCAGAGGCCCCACACAGUGGUAACAACAGUGAAAGUAUCAAAAACCACGUACAGCGACGAUUCCGAUGAGACGUCGGACACAGCCAGUGACACAGACUCAGAUUCAGCCCCCAAGAAGGUGAAACGCCCCAAGAUGAAGGCAAAACGACGAAAAACCACGGAGGAGGCGAAGAAAACCGACAAAUACAAGAUCUGGUGCACCCAGGUCCAGGAGGAGGUGCUCACCGAGGACCUAGUGUCCUGCGGUGUCACCAGGAAGAUGCAUCAGGGUCGCAGUGUCGAGAACUACGACCUCCCAGUGGAUUUCCAGCUCAAUGGUGAUUUUAGCCUGGAGAACAACAGCUCUGAGGACGACAGAGAGGAGGACCCUGGACCCAGGAGGGCCAGGAAGAGGACCAACUCUGACAGGAGAAAUGUCAAGUUGAGGCUGGGAAGACGACGGAACUCCAUGGACGUCGAUAGUCAGAGGGGCUCUGGGAGAACCAUUGACGAAUUAUCGGUCAGUGUCGAGGCGACUGACGAGGAAGUCGCUCAUGACAUUGCGGAGAAGCUUAAUGAGAAGAAAGACUCUUUGAUAAAGAAAGUAGUGGAUAUUAUUGGCAAGGAGAAAGCAAUAGAGUUCUACCAGAAGACUAAAGAAAUCGAGAAAGACGGGGGAAUGCUGAUAAUGAACGGAUCAAGGAGAAGAACUCCAGGGGGAGUUUAUCUCUACCUCGUGAAGAACGACGAUCAUAUUCCACAGGAGAAAAUCCGUGAGAUAUUUUUCGUUGACAAGAAGGAAUGUACAGAGAAGAAGAGGGCUGAUCAGAGGGACAGAAUACGUCAGAAGGCGAAGGCCCUGAUGAGGAAUGGAUCUGAGAAGGAUUUGCCAGCACUCCUGACGAGAGUUGAAUUGUCAACGAGACAAAUUGCCGAGGAGGCCAGACUGAGGAGGGGUGAGGGCAUGGAGAGAGACCCAGGGGAUUCGAACAGGCCUGUAUCCAAUCCACCCCCCAGUCCAGUCACAGACGAUCCAGAUCACUCGGAACAGAUGAUUGUUCAUCAUGAGAGGAGAAUCGAAGAUUACAGCGACGAUUUUCUCGAUCUCGGGGCUGACAUCGACAGCAUGGAGAUGUUUUGAAAUUUUAACAUCUCGAAGAAUGGGAAAAAGAUUAUGAUAUUGACAGUGUUGAAGCACAUCCACACUCACCAGCAUCACGAUAAUUGUUGACAUUAGUCUAUUUGAGUUGUUGCAGUGUCGGUCAGUGAUGCUCUCCACGGAAUUCAUCGGUGAUAGUUUUAAUGUACAUAAUCUUCGGUUAUUUUUUAUAGAAUACGUGCAACGGCAAAGUACUGAUGAAUUUCGUAGUGAAUGUCGUUGGAAAUGUGAUUGAUUUCUUGGGUAAAAAAUAUUUCGUGGGUGAACACUUUCAACGAACAAUUUUUUAUCGAUUAUCAAAUAAUGGUUUUUCUUUUGGUAUGAAAAUAAAAUGCGUUACACUUUGUAAAAAAUGAGGUUUUUCAUUCUGUUUUUAAUUCUGUAGUUGCAUUUUUAAUUAAUUAAUCUAGAAUUUUCUUUAGGUGUGCCUAGACACUGAUAUUAAAAUGGACAGUCUCAUCGAGAAGAUCGAAACUUCGUGAAUUAGCUGAAUUUUAAAUGGGAUCCAUCCAUCUAGCGGUUAUAUAUUUUUUUUAACAAGUGUUUUGGCCCUUUUUUGAGAUUUAAAAAUUUUUGUCGGCGAUAACGAUCGCACUUCGAGAGAAACUGAGAAUAGAUUCGGAUUCAGCGUGAAAAAAUCUAUUUAGAGGUGGUAAUUUCAUACUCAGGGCAAAAAACACCUAAAUUUUGUAGAACUGUUAUUUAUCGUCAGAGGAGAUCUGAAGAUUACAGCGAUGAUUUUGUUGAUCUGGGGGCUGACAUCGACAGCAUGGAGAUGUUUUGAAAUUUUAACAUCUGAAAGAA